AUGCCAGAUUCCACCGCACAUGCCGUGUCUCGUAAACGUGGGCAUCGCGGCUCACAGGGUCAUGAUGCAGCGAAACGGACGCGCGCAUCGAAAUCUGUGAACAACGAAGCAGAAGCAGAAGGAGUAAAGGAAGAAGGUGGAGAGGUUGGUGACAACGACGAAGACGAAGACGAUGAUGAGGACAAUAGCGUGUAUUGUAUAUGCCGUCAGGGCAACGAUGGAUCACCAAUGAUAUGUUGUAGCCACUGUGGCGAAUGGUAUCAUUUCAGAUGCGUGGGAUUAUCAAAACGUGCUGCAGACCAAAUCCAGGAAUACGUGUGCGAUGAAUGUAACAAGGCAGAACAAGCACCUCAGAAGCAAGCGGAACAAGACCCCGAGUAUCAACACCCGGAGAAUGAAAAAGGAGAAGAGGACGAACAUUACAACCAUCGUUCUAUGGAUGCAGACGCUAGGAUUGAACUAGCUGGUGACGAUGCCGUUGAUCCUCAACCAUCUAGCGAUGGGGUUGAUGAUGACGCUUCUGAUCAAGGCACAGCAACACAUUCACGAGCUGGUUCGCAUAAGUAUCGGAGAUCUACCUCUAGUUCAACAAAAAAUGCUGCGCGGACGACCGUGUCGGGUCAAGAUCCUGUUCGCAAGCACGUUCUCACGACUUUUACAUCGAUAUUUGAACCGCUUUUCUCCGCAAAAAAUGCAGAGCCAACCAAACCACAUGAGUACGCAUCACAGUUAGAGGCCGAGUUGUUUCGUGUAUAUGGCCAAGACCCUGCGCUACGGGCGUACAAGGAAAAGUUCCGGUCCCUUUUAUUCAAUGUGAAAGAUCAUCGGAACACAUCUCUGCAUGAGCGCAUCACCUCAGGCAAUCUGCCCGCUGCUGAUAUUGUUCAUAUGUCUAACGAGGCUCUUGCUAAUGAUACUAUUCGCGAAGCUACAGAGAAAGCUAAGCGGGACGCUUUGCAUCAAGCCGUGCUCCGUGACCAAGCAAAUGGUCCUGCGCGGAAAAUCACGCACAAGGGCGAAGUCGAUAUCGAGAGAGAUGCUUCGAUGUCGUUUGCUCCAGGUGACAUGGGUUUAUCUACCUCGACCACCAUUCACACAGGGCCAGAGCCAUCUACGUCCUCUACGAAUGAACACGUGACCUUAUCAGCGCCAGGAUCUGCUAGUGUGGCAAGUGACACUUCAGGCUCGAACGACUCGUUCGAGAAGCCGAACGUCGCUGCAUCAACACAUAGAUCUGAUCAGUCCGAUCAGCGCGUCCCUAUAUCGCCGUCACGUACGCCGUCACAGGAUGGUACUGACGUUUUGGUCCCACCAGAGCCUAUCUCGUUUUCUGGUGUCUGGGAUACGUCUCAGAGGCAGCAGCAUACUGAAACGUCGACCAAUUCGAACUACGACAUUGAGCCUACGAACUUUGCUGCAGCUGAUGGCAGCUCUGAGUUCGGUCUCGAGGCAGAUGCCCAGGCUGAUACUUGCAUUGAUUCUUUCUUAGAUCACGAACAACCCGAGGCUGCUUCUGAAGCACAUACGCCUCCUGGUACGCCGCCACCGGAUGCAUUUGUUGUUCGUGCAUCUCAGGCUGCAAGUAAGAGUCCUAUUGACCAUUGCCCGGUGGUUUGGGACGGUGUUAUCACCAUGCCUGAGUACACGUCUGCUUAUGUACAUGCGCGACAACUGACUGAACCUACCUUCGCCGUAGAUGCACCUGCAUGGCAGGACUUUUUCCCCACGCAGGAACGCGUUGUUGAAGGUCGUCUUCCAAGCCAGACGGCCAUCGACUAUCUGUUGCAAGUUCGUCUGUCACCUCGCAAUACGAUGGUCGUGCUAUUAGUUGACGCUGGCGGCGCCACAGCUGCGUCAGAACGUCAUACGUCCACAGUCUCAACACUGCAUGGCUCGCCAGCACUCGAUAAGCUUGUACACUACUUUGCUGAUAAACAGCGAUUUGGUGUCCUGACGCCUGCCCCCGGUGCUCAGGGCUCUCUUGUCAAGGACUUUUACAUCGCGCCGCUUCUCUCUCAUAUGCCUGUGCCGGAAUGGCUCAAGCAGAUACAUCCUGAGGGUCUCGGUAAAGCUUGGGAUGCUCAACGUCCUGCAAAUGUACUCCUUGUCGUGCUCGUGCUGUUCAAAUCAGCAUUGGAAGGCCGCACGAAGGUCGUAGACACGCCCAGCGCUCCGCCACAUCCUCGAUCAAUCGAACAAUCCGUCCAGCCUGUUUCCCUUGACGCUCUCCUCAACGUUAAGCCUGAUGCCAUACAGAAUUUGUUGUCCACACUCAGUGGUAGUGCAUCUCCCGGUACGACUGCCGUUCCACCAGUUGUACCUGCCAUGCCAGGUGUUCCUCUUGGUGCUCCGUCUCCGCUAACGCCACCAGGUCCAGCACCAAUUUCAUCUCCACCAGGACCAGUUUCUGGCGCACCUCCAUUAGCACGGCCUAUGCGGCCAUGGGGUGGUGUUGUGCGGGAUCAGACGCCAUCGAGCCAUGGCUAUGUUACGCCAAUCCAGCCAGGCCUUCUUCCUGUAGGGGGCACAGCGGUGCCUCCUCCUAUGGACAUGGGUUUUCGACCUUUCCCUGUUGGUCCUGGUGGCUGGUAUGGUGGCAAUGUCGAUCGGACGAAAGACAAAUCGCGCCGUCGUGGUGGCGACCGAGGAGGAGGAGGUAGUGUCAGCAGUGGCUCAAGACGCGGCGGCGCUCGUCGGUAG